CUCGACUCCACUCCCCUCCUUUACUCAUAAAGGACAGGUUAUUUCCGUAAUUAUGUUGAUCUGGGAAAGCUAAGAAAUUGUAUGCCAGGGGAUUUAGGGGGGUUCCAGACUUGUAGUUGUCUAGUAUCCUCUCUCUGUCUCUCUCUGUGUCUGAGUCAAACCCUAUCCCGUCACUGAGUAAACGACAUGGCGACCUCUCUUGGGCUCUUCUCGACCUUUAUCUCCGGCAAAACUGCAUCGCUGACUGUCAAACACUCGUCGGCCUACUCCGUCAUCCUCGCCCAUCCUCACAAGGUUUCAGCUCACCCGCGCAUGGUGCGCAUGGUGACCUCCGCCACCGUUUCAAACGAAGCCCCAGAAAAGCGCGCGCCCCGAGGCAUUAUGAAGCCGCGGCGUAUCUCUCUGGAGAUGCAAGCCCUCGUUGGAGUCCCCGAGAUUUCUCGCACCCAAGCUCUCAAGCAGAUUUGGGCCCACAUUAAGGAGCACAAUCUUCAGGACCCGGAGAACAAGAAGAUCAUAAUUUGUGAUGAGAAGCUGAAGAAGAUAUUUGGAGGGAGAGAUCAGAUUGGGUUUCUCGAGAUUGCAGGGUUGAUUAGUCCGCACUUUCUUAAGUAAACCAAGAUGGACUUGGUGGAAGUGUUAUGAAGCUAAUUGCUUGUGCUUGACGCCUGUGAUUUGGUUAAUGAUAAUUAAAGACAGCGACUUUUUGUAACUCAGUAGUGUUAUCUUAGUCUUAAGAGUAAUCGGCAGCCUUAAAUUCCAGGUUCUUAGAAAUGUAGGUUUCUACUGCAAUAUUGACUAUGUCGGCUCGUUUUUGUUUUGUUCCACAUCGUAGAUUUUGGUGGAACCGCGUAUCAAUUAAUAGUGUUUUGUCCAA